AUGCUCAUGUUGAAAUCUACAGGCCAAAACUUCUUUAGAGCCUAUUCUAGUAAAAUUGGGCGAUAUGCAGCUACUGCAUCAGGGAAAUUGGCACAGUCUCGUUUAUCGAAUAUACCAACUCCUAAAACACUGAAGAAAUUUCUUGAUGAGUAUAUUAUUGGUCAAGAUAUUGGUAAAAAGGUUUUAAGCGUAGCGGUUUAUAACCAUUAUUUGAGAAUUAAUGAUAAACAAAAGAAAGGAGAUUUAAAAAGACAGAAAGAAUUGAUGGAACUAGAAAGACUCACAAAUGAUAGGGAUGAACCAAUUUUCAGCGGGAACAGUGAAUCAAAAGCUGGUUGGAGGAAUCUUCAAAGACAAUUUAAUACAGCAGGCAGAGAGGUAGCCGAAGACUUAGAGUUAAGCAAAAGUAAUGUCCUUGUCGUUGGCCCUUCAGGCUCUGGUAAGACUUUAUUGGCAACGACAUUGGCAAAAAUAUUAAAUGUUCCCAUUGCAAUUACUGACUGUACACAAUUGACUCAAGCCGGUUAUAUAGGUGAAGAUGUUGAAGUAUGCAUUGAAAGGUUACUCGUAAAUGCUGAAUUUGAUGUUGCGAGAGCAGAAAAAGGUAUCAUUGUUCUUGAUGAGAUUGAUAAACUAGCCAAGCCAGCCGCAAGUAUUGGCACUAAAGAUGUGUCCGGAGAGGGGGUUCAGCAGUCAUUAUUGAAAAUCAUUGAAGGCCAUAAAGUGGAAAUUACCGUUAAAAGGCCUGUUAAGCAUGACAUUGACGGACAGAAAAAUCAAACCACAACAAAGAAAGAUGAAGUAUUUGUUGUGGACACUUCAAAUAUUCUUUUCAUGAUUAUGGGCGCUUUUGUUGGUUUGGAUAAGCAUAUCGUUAAGAGGAUAGAAGACAUGAAAAAGCUACAGAAGACGGGAGACUCUGUUGAAUCAUCAAAUAGCAAAGAACUUGAAAAAGAAAGAAUGAAGAAGUUCAGGUUUAGCAAUACACUUGAGCAGGUCGAAUUAGAUAACGGAAAAAAAGUGUGUGCUUUAGACUUGACCACUCCAACAGAUUUGGUUAGCUUUGGUUUAAUUCCUGAAUUGAUCGGAAGAGUUCCAAUUAUAACUGCUCUACAGCCUCUACAAAAAGAUGAUUUAUUUCAUAUAUUGAAAGAACCUAAAAAUGCUUUGUUGGAUCAAUAUGAAUAUAUUUUCAAACAAUUUGGGGUAAGAUUGUGUGUUACGCAGAAGGCGCUAAAGAAAGUUGCGCAGUUUGCUCUCAAAGAAGGAACAGGCGCCAGAGGUUUGAGAGGAAUAAUGGAAAGGCUGCUGCUGAACGUUAAUUAUGAUUGCCCGGGUUCUGACAUUGCAUAUGUCUUAGUUGAUGAAGCUACUGUCGAUUCGUUACAAGAAACAGAGCAUUCUUUGGCUUCCCAAGUGGAUGUAAAGUACUAUUCUAGUGACGAUAAGGAAAGUUUGAUUCGUGACGUUUUUGAAGAAGAUAAGAAGCUAGGAGCUAUGUUAGACAAAGAGUUGGGCUAUGCGGCUAGCAUUCAUACCCCAACAAGUCCUAGGAGAAGUUUAACCGAAGAAAAAAAAGAUGAAUGA